GUGCAGCUGACACUUCAGCAACCAUCAGGCAGGAUGUCAUAUGGUUCCAUUGACAGCGGCUCCUUUGGCAGUCGUAACCCAUUUGGAGGUCCUAUGAGGCAGGGCUACCAGCCAGUAGCCACACAGGUCAGCCCCUCAGAACUGCAAGAUGUGUUUCAGGAGACCUCCUCCAAUAUCUUCCAGAUCAACGCCAAUGUGGUCACACUAGAGAAAAAUCUUCAGUCACUGGGAACGUCUAGAGAUACCGCAGAGCUCCGACAGAGUCUGCACUCCACUCAGCAGCAAACCAACAAAGUCAUCACCAGCACAAGCCAACUCAUCAAACAGCUCUCUGAUAUAAUCAGUGGCUCUUCACGGCAAGACCGUCUGCGACUGACCAGACUAAAGACUGAGCUCUCUGAGUCUGUGCAGCGAUAUGGGGAUCUCCAGAAGAAAAUUGCGGAACGCUCAAGGGCCCUGCUCCCCCCAGCACAGAAAGACAAGAAGAAGAGUCCUCAGACUCCAUCCAGUGAGCAGAUAGAGGAGGGUCCACUGUUUGGAGCAGGCUCAGAGGGAGGAAGUCAGGCUUUCCUGUCUGAGAUCAGUGAGGAGGACGUGGAGGUGCUCCGUCAGAGAGAGGAGGCCUUGCUUCAGAUUGAGAGAGACAUGCUGGAUGUCAGUCAAAUCAUGAAGGAUCUGGCCAGCAUGGUUCAUGAACAAGGAGAUGCAAUAGAUAGUAUUGAAGAUUACAUCCAGACAGCUUCUUCUAAUGUGGAGUCAGCCAAUCAAGAACUCGCCAAGGCCAACCAAUACCAGAGACAGCUGAGGAAGAGGAAGUGUUACCUCCUAUUGGUUGGUGCCAUCAUCCUCACCAUCCUCAUCAUUAUCAUAGCUGUUUCAGCAAGAAAAUGAGGUUGACCACUGUGGUAGCUGUUGUCAUCACAGUGUCACUGCACUGCUCCUGCCCAGUCUGAUCCUUGACCUGAGCAGCUGAUUCCCAGUAGGAGGGAGCAGCCCUGCAACAAUAUCUCUACUCCAUCAUCUCUGGCUCUGUUUACAUGUGUGUCAGUCUGAGGAUGGAGGCCUUUCUCAGCAUACCUCCAGUCUGCGCCUCUUAUGAAAUCAUCACUGUUCUCACUAGUGUUUCCUUUUUUUUCUUCUUUUUUUUAAAUGCAGCAGCUGUUUGCUGUAAUCUGAAAGUUAAGUCCCAAAUGCAAAUUUAGUGAUCGCAUCAGAGGCACAAGCUGGGCGUUUCCUGUAUUAAAUGUAACGGGUAAUGCUCUGUUUUGCAAACCUUCAGCCACAAACACUAAAUCAGAUGAAGGAGAAGCUUCAGAGUGACACUGUCUUCAGCUGCUGUAUAUUGUAUGCUUCCUUCCUCGCAUUUUUACUGAAAUGAACUUCGUAUUUAUUAGCUUGCAGUGUAAUUAUUAUCAUUAAUAAUCACUAUUAUAUUACAGUGUUUGUUGAUAUUGGUAAAUACUGUUUGAAUAUAUAUACCUUCCAAAAUAAAAGUCUAAGUUCAGCAGCAAGCGACAUGUUA